UGAAGAUCUUCGUUUGUUUUUUGGUGCGGAUAAGUUUACAAUGGUGUGCUAGAUCCAUCAAAAAGGAAACGAGUUUGAUAAAGCAAGUAUAUAUCGGUUUGAACAAUAACUACAGGUGAUCUUGGGUUUACUGUCCCACUACAGUGAGACCCUGCUGGGGGUGAUCAAGCGAGGUCCCCAGCAUGACGAAGGCGACCGAAGAAUGAAGAAUUUUGGGAGUGACGAGGAAGAGGAGGAGGAGCAAACGUGCACCCCAAUGUUUAUUUGCAUGAUUGUCACGAUCGUCGUUCUCGUCGGUCUGGCGAUCGGCGGAUUUGCCUGGGCAAUGGUGCUGCAGAGGAAGGGUUGAUCGAAUGAAAGAAGAUGACGUGAUGAAACACAAACAGCAAUAACCCAAUGGGAAUGAAGCUUGGUGUUCCCGAGAUUGUACUCGGGGCACGAUGAAGCUACUACACAGGUGGUAGAAGAGCUUCUCUCGGUGUAUUGCGGUGAAUGAAUCAAAUCUCGAAAAAGCACCUCUGUAGUUUCUUCUUUUUUCUAGGCUCAACCUCUGUGCAUUUGCACCUCAUGUGGUCAAAAAAGUUGCCAUUUUUCCUCCUUCCUCACCUCGUGUCCAACUCGAAGCGAGAAAACAGAGCUCGCACUCGGACAGUGAGAAAGAGAGCUUGAUAUUUGAAUUUUGUGUGGUCCGCGUAUGUGUUUCAUUUUUCAACCAUUGCAACCGACUUUGCUGACACUGACCUUUAUCUUUACCUUUUUUUCAGCUACGCAGACAUUUACAGAAGCCUUUUUUGCUACGUUCUCAAUUUCGAAAUUUAUGAAGACCUACUGCGUGCUUAUUGUUUUAUUUUGGAAGCCCUACUACUUGCCCAGAUUCUACGACGCAGACUACUCUACAACGAGCCCCUAUCUUUCCGUAGCGUGAUGUAAUGGGAUUUAACAAAGAUACUAUGAAUACAGGAGAAGACAUUCGUAGUAAAGCUGCCAGCCUUGGAGGAUGAAUACAGCGAAGAUGAAUCUCACUGUUGCCAUCCACCUUCGGCACUACAAUUAAAGAGGUGAUCGAAAAAUUCUACACUAUGGACUGCGCCACAUCCUUACGCUACCGGUAAAGGUAUAUCUACAAUGUCAUCAGCAUCAGCUCUGCCGCCAGUCUCGUUACCAAAAUUGAGCUUGCUACCAUUCUGGCGCCUACGUACUCACACCGGCUACAUCUAGGGUACUUUUUUUGGACGCUUCAUCAAGCUCAAGACAAGCUCACGAGGCAAGAGCCGAACGACAACCAACAAUUACUCCCGAAUGACAUUAGGGGGCUUUUCUUGGCAAGUUAAAAAAAAAUUCUACUGGUCGCUGAAAGGUGGCGGUGCUCGCACACAGGAAAGAUAUCGCGC